AUGGAGAAAAUGAUGAAGCAGCUGGUGCAGGCUAACCUCAGGCAACUACAUGCCAUGGAGCAACAGCAAAGAGCAUCCAGGGAUGGUAUUGUAAGUCAGUCUAAAGAUAAUGAAACAAAACUUAAAAGUCUGCAGGCGGAGAGGAUCCAUAUGCAGAAGGAGCUUUCUGCGGCAGAGCGUGCCAAAAGGCAAGCACUACAGGAAAGAGAUGAAUGGGUCAACGACAGACUGAGAAAGACUACUCUCCAGAUUGACCAGAUGAAUGCUAAUCUGAAUGCAGUAUGUGCUAAUGUUCAGAAGAGUGAGAUUGAUCAGCAAUCCGAUCGACAAAACAGGGAGUUAAAAACAAAAUUGCAAGAAUUGGAAGGCUCUAUUAACUCCAAAUUCAUGCCCUUCAUCACAGCCUUGGAAGCAAAGAUCGCACAACUGGAGGAACAGCUUGAUACCGAGAUAAAAGAAAGACAGGCUGCAAGUAAACAAGUCCAUCGUUUAGAGAAAAAGCUGGAGGAUGUGCUAAUGCAACUGGAAGAUGAAAGGCGCAAUGCUGAACAGUAUAAAGACCAGGCAGAGAAAAAUAAGGUUCAAAUGAAACAGUUGAAGCGCCAGGUAAAAGAGGCCAAUAAAUCCAAGUCAGCAUCUGUUGAGAAUGGGUCUGAAGAUGAUGGCGCUGUGGUGCCGGCCGAGGCAGAGAAGAUGGAAAAAGUUUCUGCUGCACAAGUUGGAAGGGCUGAUAUGGCUGAAGAAGCCAAGAGACUCAUGGCAGUGAGUAGACAGGACCUGGUCAUGAAAGGCGUCCACUCUGUCGCCGACGCUUUCCAGAAAGUCCAUAGCUUUCUAGGGAUGAAAUACAGUGAGAUGGAUAGCCAAUAA